AUGCAAAGCGGAAAAGUGUUUAAAUCAGCAAAGGAGUUCCGCAAGUCUAAUGCUGAACAGGCUGCUAGUCUGAAGGAGAAGAAACAGGACGAGGCAGUAGUUGCUGCUGCUGCUGCUGCUGAUGUUGACAGCGGCAAAAAAACUGCAGACCAGCAAAACGUGCCGCGGCCUGUUCCUCGAAAGGUCAAAAAGCCGAUACCAACACCAACACCAACACCAGCGACAACAACAACAACUGAGGGUGAAGAGAAGAAAGUGGAUGAAUCGAGAAAUGUCGAGGUCAUUGCCGCUGCUGGAGUUGCCGUUGUCGGCGCGGCUGCAAUUGCAGCUACAGGUAUGGCUGUUGCAAAUGAAAGUGCUACUGGUGAAAAGACUGCCGGAGAGUUGAAAGCAGAAAGCGAAACAUCGCAGAACGAAGUGCUUCAAAAAGAUUCAAAUCAGAUGACGGCAUCAGUCAUUAAUGUCGAUGAGCAGCAGGCUGACAAGGCUGACGCCACUGGCCUAAAGGUAUUGGAGUACGAGGACGUGGAGGACGUCAGCAUUCGCUCGGCCACUGAUGAAGAGGUGCUGAAGAUCACCACUCGAAUUGAGGCGGAACAGGAAGCGGCGCUGGCGCAAGAGUCUGCCGGUGCUAAGGUUGCUGAAACAAGUGGUGGGGAACAAGUGUCAGUGUCAAUGUCAUCCUCGCCAGCUGUGGACAGUCAGGCGACUGGUCUUGAAGACGAGGACGAAGGCGAGGAUGAUGAAAGGGACAAUGAUGAGCAGUCAGCACGUACUGUCACUCCGGAUGACAAAGAGAAGGAACAGAUAAAAGAAGAAGUGAAAGAAGCGGUGAAAGAAGAGGUGAAAGACGAAACGAAAGACCAAAUGGUAGAAAAUGAGAAAAACGAGGUGAAAGAAGACGUGAAAGACAAUGUGCCAGAAGAAGUGAAUGAACAAGUGAAAGAUGGAGUGAAAACCGAGGCGAUGGACGAGGUGAAAAACAAAGUGGAAAACGAUGUGAAAGAAGAGGUGAAAGAAGAGGUGAAAGAAGAGGUGAAAGAAGAGGUGAAAGAAGAGGUGAAGGACGAUGUAACAAAAGAAGUGCAAGAAGAAGUGAAUGAUGAUGUAACAGAAAAGGAGAAAAACGAUGUAAAAGAAGAAAUGAAAACUCAGAUUAAAGACGAGUUGAAAGAAAAGGUGAAAGAUGAAGUAAAGGACAACGCAAUUGACGAUGUGAAAAGUGAUGUUAAAGAAGAGGUGAAAGAAGAUGGAGUUGCUGCAGUUGAUGAACCGCCAAAAGUUGAAAUUGUGUCUCGUUCCAAAAGUCAACCGGACGAGAACGCGACUGAUCAAUCAUUAGCAAAGCCUGAACAAUCACCUUCAGACCCUCUGACCACUGUGGACCUUGACGUGAACGUUAUAGCACCUCCACCGCCAACUCCAGCCCGUCCCGGAUCAGAAGUGGCGGAAAUUGUUGAAGCAAAUGACAGCAUGCUAGAGCCAUUUUCAUUAAUUGACCAGAUCAGUGUUUCGAAAGCUGAACAAGAUGCUGAAAAAGAUGCAGACGAUGAGAAUGAAACAGAAAGCGGUAAAGACAAAAUCGAAAAUAAAAUUGCAGCGGAUGAAGAGGACUUUGCUAAACUUCAGACAAAAGAAGUGACAGAAGUGGAGAAAGAGUUUUCCGGUCCCUCACCCCUUUCUUUGCAUCCUGAAUCCGAGGCUGAACUCAAGCCACUACCUACCACCACUGAGCAUGAUCUACCUGGACAGUUGUCGGUGGCAGCUGGCACGUUGACAACCUCAGUCAGCGAAAACUUUAGCCUCCUCGCCAAGGACCUGGACGUUCAGCUGGAGUCCUCCAUUUCGGAGGCGGAUCUACUCGCCAGUCGUUCGGUGAUGAUGGCCUCCAGUGAGCAGCAGCCUGAAAGCAGCAGACCUGGUACACUUUCCUCUGAAGGAAAUGAGGGGGAAAGCCAGCCAUCAACUACUGCAGAGACGCUGCUGGCCACUGAAACGUCUCCAACUGAAAUGGCAGCUCUCCGAAAAGACUCAGAGGCAACGCUGGUUGGCGGUGGUUCAGCACUUGGUCUGACGCCUUCUCCUGACGUUGAGCAUUCGGAGGAGAAAAGUUCGGAACAGGCGGAACUGGAAUUGAAGUCAUCAGAACAGUCUAAAGAUAAGUUGCCAUUUUCUGACAUUGAGAGUGCUGAGAAGGUGGGAGAAGUGCAAGAGGAACAGGCGACAAUCACUGUUGCAAAGUCGGAAGAUACUGAAUCAGUUGCUCCAAAAACGUCUCAGUUUGUGGAUUUUCAAGUUGAUAAAAAUGACGUUGCAAAUGCUGAGGAAGACACCGAAGUUAAAGAUGUGUUGCUUGCAUCUAAGGAGAGUACAACUGUCGAAAGUGCACCACAUGAUGACAAUGAUGACAAAAUUGCCGAAAACUCUAAUGUUGCCGAGCAGCAGCUGUUUGAAAGUUCUACAGAUAUGAAAAGUGAGGAUAAAGAGGUUGAAAUUAAAGGCAUCAGUGAAAAGGAAGGUGCGGUUGUUUCAGAAACAAGCUCUCAAAAAGAUGAGAUUUCUUUUGCCGAAAUGGAAACUAAGUCCAAGACGGAAUCUGAAUCAAAAGAUGACUCAAAUGUGUUGUCGCUGGCGCAAGAGUUGAUUGAUGCUGCUAAAACUGAAUUGGUCACGUCGUCGCACAACUCUCCUCUUGAUGACCAAAUUUUAACAACUGGAGAAAAAAAGAAAAUUGAACCUGAAAAGGACAUUGAAGUGUCUAUCAUUGAAGACAAAAAUGAACACAAAAUUGACGACAAAUUGGAUAAAAAGGUCUCGCCUGAGUCUGAAACUAUUGCUGAAAAUGAUGCUAAUUUAAAUGAGAUAUUAAGCAAAAAUGACAAAGUCCAAAAAUCGGCUAAAACUGAUGCCGAUGCCAAUAUUCAAGAGGCGCCAAAUGCUGAUGCAAUUCCGCCUGAGCUUGACACAUCAGUCAAACUAUCCGAAUCAGAGAUUGCAAUUGAAACUGAAACAACAUCAACUGACAAUGCAAAAACGGUCGGUGAUAUAACAGGUGUUCCAACUAAAACACUAGUCACAGAGGCAGAUUUGACUGAAACCGUUGCCAAAAUUGAAUCCGAAUUACCCGACUCUUCAAAAGAGAAGGAAAGUGAAGUAGAAUCGCCAUUAUCCGAAGCAGUAAUUUCUACUAAAAAGGCUGUGAUCGCUGAUGAUAAAGCCGCCAAUGACUCUACUACUGGUGAUGACAACGGUGAUACUCAACUUGACAACCGUGAUAAGCAAGUGCCCGUCGAUGAGGAGUUCAUGGAAGACAAGAAAGAUAUUACUGUGCUACAAAGUAGUGAACUUACCGAGAAUGACGCUGAGAAUGCUGUGAUUGAGCAGGAAGAGCUCAAAAAAGAUCUCCAAUCAGAAGAAAUUUUAAAACCAGUCACUACUACUGGUGAUGGUGAUAAAAUUGCUCAAGAGGAAGAGUUAAUUGCAAAAGAUUCUACAGUUGAUUUUCAAACUGUCGAUGAUGAAACCACAAAAGUUGACAAAGUGGUUGAAAAAGAAGACGCAACCAUUUCUAAAAGUGCUGAUCAAGAAAGUGAAAAAGAGGAUGAACAACUUUCAGAACCUGCUAAAAAACUUUCAAACGGUGAUUACUUUGACAAGGUGGUUGCAGAAAAAGAAACCAGUUUAAGUGAAACUCAAGUUGAAAUUGAGGACAAAGAUGAAAAACCAGAAAAUGGUGCUCCACCUAGGCCAACUUCAGCAGUAACCGAAAUGCUAGAAGCAAUUCCAUCAAAACCUACCGCUGUUUUUUCAACUGACUAUUUUGACCGUUUAGUUGAAGAGAAAAAGGUUUCUGAAACACCAAUUGGAGCAACAGUUGUGGAAACAGAAAACAAAAAUGAUCAACAGGAUGACGAAUCUAAUGAAAAAGAUAGCUUUCUUGAAUUGAGCAACGGAGUUUCAACCACUAUUUCAAAUAAAACUGAGGAGUCGUUUUCGGAAAAUCCACAAAUUGAAAAAGAAGUUGUCGUUUCUACUGCUGAGACUCUAACAGAAACAAAUGCUGAAUCAGUUGAAAAAAAUGGUGAUUCUGAUACUGGUGUUUUGGAUCGUUUUCAAGCAGAUGACCUGGUGGUCAAGGAGGAAACGCCUCUUACGGCAUCAACCUUCGAAACUACUGAAAAUGCAAUCUCAAUUAAAAGCAACGACGACAUACUUGAAAAAGAUAUAAAAAACGAGCAAAAACUACUUGUUGAUCAGUUUACCACCAGUGAUAAAAAAAUUGAAAUUUCAUUGCCAACUGAAGAGAAAGACGACAAAGGUGUAGUGUCACCUAAAAUUGAAAAAGAGUUCAAUGUUACAGCUGCUGCAACAACCACUGCUGAAUCCACCUUUUUUGCUGAUGAUGACAACGUUCGUGACAUUAAUGAUCAGAAUAAUGAGGCAUCUUUGACUGGCAAAAUUAAAAUUGACACUACUUCAGUCACAGAAAAGCAGAAAAAUGAAUUUGAAACUAAUCUUGAAAACGAACCACCAGCUUCACCGAUCACUCAAAAAGACGCCCUGGAAAGUAACAAUGCUGAAACGACAUCCCCACUUUUUGCUGCAAAUGUAUUGACUGCUGAUCUUUCAACUGAUUCUCAGUUGAUUGAAAAUAAAAAAGAAGAGUCCAAUAAAGAGGAGGCAGUGUCAACAAGCGCAGUUGUUGACUUUGACCAAAAUGCUGCAAAAUCUUCAAAUGAUUUACAAAACGCUACUAUCACUGAUUCAAUCGUCGUUUCUGAACCAAUUAAAGAUGACAAUGACAAAAAUGAACGCAAAAACAUCAUUGAAACUGACAAUCAGAUAAACGUAGUUGAUCAAACACCUUCUGAUAGCAAGCUUGAAGAAGAUCACCCAAUGUUGGCCAGUUCUUUGAAUGAUAAACUUGAAAAUUCAUUAUCAACAGUUACUUCUGCGACUUCAGUCGCCAAAACUGUACAAGUUGAAAAUGAAAACGAAAAAAUUGUCAGUUCGGAUGUUGAUUUUCAACAAGCCGCAUCAAACUCAACUGACAAGCUAGCUAAAACUCAAAUUUUGGCAUCUGUUGAUGAUCAAUUUGAACAUGACGAUAAAUCUAAAAACAAAACCGACACUUCUACAACUCCAGUAUCUGAAGCUGUUCAGCAAACUGCAGAAAAGUCACCCGCUGCAGAAACUCUAACGCUUACUUUGCCAAGUGAUGACCAACAGCAAUCAGAUUCAUUUAACGAAGUUGUUACUAAGCCUGACUCAGAGAAAGAGGAUUCAGUUGUUGCUGCAGAUGAGCAAGCACAGCAAGUCAGUUCUCCUUUUGAGAUUAUUGACGAGUCUCAGAUUUUGGAAAACUCACCGCCAGCAACGUCGCCGCUUGUUCAAACUCCGGUCAGCUCAACGUCUGCUGAUGACUUGACGCCAUCUGUAAAAACUGAACCGGAGUUAGUGCCACAGUCUCCGAUCAUUACCGAGAUUUCAUCUGAAUCAAGAAAAGAGUCCACUGUUUCACUGGGAGACUUUGAUCUUGAGCAUCGAGCUACUCAACAAACACUUGAUGCUGAAAAUAUUGCCGUGGACAAACGAUCACGAAAAUCGGUCGACUUUGCCAUGGACAAUUCGGGUAAAACGCUAAAAACUGUUGAUAUGCCUCCUCUGACUCGUCGUUCUGACUCGGAUUUUGAUCGUGCUUUCCUAGCUUCAGCUGACAUUGACCCUGAUGAUGACUACCCACCGACCAGUGGUGAUGAAAGUAAUGACGAUCUAGUGAAGAUUAUCACCGCCGAAGCUUCACAGCAACUUUCAAAAGAUUCGGAUGAAAGUGAUUCAUUACAAAAGACGCCCACUAGCAAACUGGAGGUCUACUUUACUUCAGACUUGGUUAAGCCACUGGAAAAAGUUGCUGAGGAGACAAAAUCAAUUGACCACAGUGACGGUUUUAAAUUGACUGAUAUGGAUGACAUCAAAAGUUCAUUUGAGUUUGUUGAGCCGGAGGACAUUGGAGAUGCUGAUGUUGAUGAAAAUAAAAACCAUCUGGUGUCAACACAAAAGUCGUUGUCUGAAGAAAAAGCAGAAAUGUUGAAAGAAGCAAUUUUUGAAACAGAUGACUCUAAACUUCUACAGCCUAUUGAGACUGAGCUCAGUGUCCAAUCAGUGACAACAGAACCGACUGUUGAAGCUUCAAAACCAGUUGACGAUAAUGCAGAAAAACUAUCAACAGAUAGCUUUGCCACUAAAACAGCAAUUGACAUUUCUAAAAACAUUGAAUUUGAAAAUGAAACUCAACUUACAAACAGCGAUGCCAAGUCUAAAACUGAAACUAAUAAAUUUGACACGACAACUUCAAAAUCUGAUUUGACUGUCAAAACAGAAUCAAAUGAACAUAACAAUGAGUCAAAAAAUGUAAUUUCGUCAAUUGACAACGACAAAACAUCUAAACUUUUAAGUGAAAUGUCUGGCAAAACUUCCGAUGAAUCAUUAGACACUAAAGCUGAAAAACCUGAUUCAGAAAGCAUUGAAAAAUUUGCUUCAUUUUUAGUAGAAAAAGAAUCAUCAAGUGAAAUGAUACCAUCAACUAAAACUGUUGAGCUAAAAGAUGAUUCAAAAUUAUCUUCAAAUACUGAUCAAUUGCUUACUGGUGUCACAGAAAAGAAUGGUCAGUAUUCAAAACUUGAUGUCAAAACAGAAAGUACAGAAAAUGCUGGCAAAACAGUCGAUUUUAUUAAAGACAAAAGCAACAACUUUGAAGGAAACCAAUUGGCAGUUGAAAGCGUUUUGCCAAUAACUGCAACUGAAUCAUCAAAUGAAAAUAAAACAAUAACAUCAACUACAACAGUAGCAAACACAGUCGCAAGUUUGGAGCAACAUUCUUCUAGUGAGUCUUCAACUGAUGAACAUAGUCAAGUGCAAACCGAGAAACAUGUUUCAGUCACAGACAAGACUGCUGAGGAUACUGUUGACGCUGGCAAAAAGUUACAUGCAGAUAAUGAACUUUUAAAUUUGAGUGAAGUUAAAAAUGAGUUUAAUAAAACUUCAUCUGAACAUUCUAACUUAAAUGCAGAUGAACACAAAAAAGCGAGUAAUGCAGAAAAUGUUAAAAUUGAACAAGUUCAAGAAUCAAAUCCUUCAAAGGUUUUAGAUGAAGUGUCUCCUUCUGAUGAAAACUAUGAUGUUGUUGACAAGUCAAUCACUCAAACAAAAACUUCAAUCAAAUCUGAAUUUAAAGCAGUAAGUGUUUCUGAAAAUAAGGCUGAUGAUGACAUCGGACCAGUAUCGCCUUUGGUCAAAGCUGAUUUUACUGCAGAAGUUUUCAGUAAAUCAGACGUUGAUGAUGCAACUGACGAUGGGGAUUCUCAAUCUUCUCAUGAAACAGCAAACAAAAAAUCGAGUGUCGGCCAACUUGAAAUUUUUUCAAUAAGCGAAACAAGCAUUCCAGAUUUACAGUCACUCAAUAGUCAAACCGACGUUACAACUACUGACAAAAUAGAUUCAAUCACAAUUUCGGAAAGUGAUUUAAAAGAUAAGGAGAAAAGUACAGAAACUUCAGUCACAGAUAAAACAGAAAAUCAACAACCGCUUUCUUCAGAAGUAGUUCCAUCAACAGUAGACUUGCAAGCACUGCUUGGGAUUUGUGAUGUCGAGAGCGAUGAAAACAAACAGAAACAAUCCAGCUCAAAAGACGUGGACAACAGUCAUUCGACGAUGGCUUCUACAGAAAAGAUGUUUCUAAACACAAGUACUCCCACAACUGAAACAUUUUCAGAUUUGAACAAAGAUUUCUUUUUAAUGAAAAGCAGUCACACUGAAAAUGAGACUAUACGAAAGAUUCAAGUGAAUGAAGUAGAUGCGGAAAAAGCUGCGCAAAUACUUGCAAAAUCUAGUGAUCACUUAGUGAUGAAACAAGAGGAGCAAACAGCUUUCACAAAAAAACUGCCUAUUUCAAAGCCAGAGACAACAGAAAUAGUAGAAUCGUUUGCAACUAUUACUGAAACUGAUCGCGCUGAUGUCAUUUUAAACGAAAAAUCUGAAAAAGUUGAAAAUAUUAGCAGUGCAAUUGCGUCAAAAAGCGAAAAUGAAAAUUCAAAUGUAAACGGACACCAAACUUCUGAGAUUCCAAUCAAUGAUGUUGAAAAUCAAUCAAAAUUAGAUGAAAAACCUCACACUGCUGAUGUUUCAGUUGAUCUAGAAACAUUUCAGUCGUCGGCAUCACAAUUAAAGCCGUUUGAAGAUGAUGAAAUAGCAGUAAAUACUAAAACAAGUCAGGAUCAUUUUGAAUCAAUUGUUGAAAAAGGAGAAACUACACCAUCUAGCGAAUCUUUGAUUACAAUCACAUCCAACAACAAAAAUGAAACAGUUGCUGACAAAGUGGAGCUAGAAAAAACUGAAAAUGCAGCAGAACUAAAAUUAGAGAAAAAUGAUGAAAGUUCUUCAGCUAAAACAGUGGACAUUGUGGACGACUACAAAUCAAAAGAUAAUCAAGCAGAUUUGGAACUUUCUUCAUUGUCCUCAAUUGAUCACCAAAAAGAUGGUAAUCAAACAAAUGUUAAAGAAGGAAAAGAAGAUAUUGAAGAACUUGAGCCAAUAUCGAUUCCAGAACCAUAUGAAAUUGCAACGGCGAUCAUUGAACUUGUCAACGGCAAAGUAACAGCAAUGCAACAAAGCGAAAAGCUGGCAGAAAUUAACAGACAAGAAGAGCUGGAAAUUAUUGAGCAAAUUAAAAGCAAAUCGAGUGAUGUAAAAGAAGUUCUUGCAUCUGAAAAAGAAGCUAUGCAAAAAGAAAAUGCUGGAGAAGAAGUGCUGUUUGAAGUUGAUGAAAGCAGCAUUACACAAAAGCAUCAGGACACUAAACUACAAGGUGUUAACAAAUCUGACGACUUGCAAAUGUCGCCUGAAACAACUACUAAAGAAGUAAAAGUUGACCAAAAAGAGGCAAUUUUUGAGGACAGCAAAGUGACAACAGGACAUGACGAUAUUUCUAAAAACCAGUCUUUUGAUAACGUGCAACCAAUAGAAGGUUUUAGUGAUAUUGAUUCAGAAACUGCUAAUCAAAAAUCAGUCUCAACUACUAGACAAGUUUCUUCAUCUUCCGCCACAGCUGACAAGUACCGUGUACUAGAGAGCGAAGAUGAUUUGGACUCUUUUGAAGGACAAAGCGGUCACUACCAGUUGGUGACAGAUGAGGUCCUAAAACCUGAUGUGACGUUUGACCUCAUGCCGCUCACUGCCGAGGUUGUGCAUUUACCCGAGUCUGAUGUAGAGCUCAGUCUGAAAACGGAUGAAGAAGAUGGAGCUGAAUCACUUAAAACGACUCACUAUACUUCAAAGAUGACUGUUGAUGCUUCAACGUCAGAAAGCAAUGAUGAUGAUUUGGUCAAAAAUUCUCACAAAGAGCAAUUUUCACCUGUUGUGCUAAAAGCAAAUGAUGUUUCAUUGGACGAGAAAGAUGGAGAUGACAUUCGAACAUUUCAUUUGUCAGUGGCCGAAGUAGACGUAAAAGAAGAGGAUAAAAGUAAUGAAACGGAACAGUAUACGCCUACAAAAAGUGCAGAGUCUCAAGUGUUGAGCGAGCAGGCUACGACAGAAAUAGCUUCUACUACUACUGAAAAAUUGAGCAAAAGUGAAAAUGCUGAUGACAAUGAUAAAGACCAGACCAGUUCUAAAACUGAAGAGAUCACUUCUACAAAGCAAAUUGACCGCACUUCAACUCAAGUGACCGCCUUUCCAGAAGCAGCAAUGAGCGAAACUCGUACAACUUCAAAGCGAGAGCUCACUGAAAGUCGGCAUUCAACUGAACUGACUGAGUCUCAGACAGUAGAAUCUGCUGAUAAAGCUGAUAAGCAGUCCGAGGAUAAACUUGAUACACUGACUUCUCAGCCUCAGCAAACAUCGUCAACCACUCUUACCAUUACUACCUUUGCUUCCUCUUCUUCGACGCCGACUGCUGCAACGGUUGUGAUGUCUGAAAGUACGGCUGAAAAUUUGGGAAAUAUUUCCUCUUCUGGCGGCGGCGGCGGCGGAACACUGACUGAAUCCAUCAGCACUUCUUCCUCUUCCUACUACGUCGAGCCGCACGGUUCAUCAGGACUGCUGAUUCAGGGCCGCUCUGGAGAGGACUUUGGCACUGCAGGCGCCGACGACGAUCUCUCAUCGAACUCCUCAUCUUCUCCCUCUUGGGCAGCGGAAGGUGGAGGUGACGAGGAGAAGGUCCACUUUACGCAUGAGUUCAGUGGUGGUGGGGGUGACCAUCAGUCGACCACUUCAGUCACGCCCACUCUAACUAGGAAUAUCACUGACGAUGACGAUGGUCACUUUUUGCCUCAUCCACAGGACACUCUGACCACUUCGACCACCACCACCACAACGACUAUGAGCUUUGCGCUCAGCGGAAGUAGUGCUUCAAGCGGAGGGGAAACAGAAAAGGCAGAAGCUAAAAUGAAAAGUGACGGUCACAGCGAGUUAACUCAGGUUCCUUUAAAGCCUCUCACCUCAACAACAACUCUGAUGACAACUAUUGACAGCCCGUCGCUGCAAGUGAUGACAGGCAACGGAACGAGCACUUCUCACUCGACGACGGUCAGCAACAAAGAAGUUAAGCCUCAGCCAACAUCAUCCACAGUGGACUUCGAUGUGGACCGAGACUGGGGCCGGCCGCUGGGACUGCCCUCACCGGCGCCCCCGCCGUCGCACAUGACCGCCAAGCUGCCUCCCCUUCCGCCGAGUGGUGGCGGCGGAGUUCCUCGCAGUCGUCCCCGAACUCCUGACCGUCGCAGCAGCAUUGGCAGCAACUCCACCAAUGCCACUACCACCACCACUGCAGCAGCCACCACUGGACACACCCAGCACUCCAUCACCACCACCAACAGCAGCAGCAGCAGUCACCAGCACCCCGUGUACGUGGAGUUGGCGUACGUGCCCGGCCACGGUCGUCGCGGCUACGUCGAUGAGACCUUCUUCCGGCAGGUGCGCGCCCGCUACUACGUCUUCUCCGGCGUGACGCCCUCUCGGGAGGUCUUCGAGGCGCUGCUCACCGCCAAGGCCACCUGGGAGCCCUCCAACCUCUACGUGACGGUCAUUCCCACCUACGAGUCAGAGGCGCUGCUCUCGUGGAUCGCCGACAACCAGCGCCGCCUGACUGAGCUGCGCAUCGAUGUGACGCCGGCGGCCAACCGGUGCUCACUUAAUCUCGCAGAUGGAGGCAGUGCUGGUGGUGGUGGUGGAGGGGAAGGUGAAGAGUCAGUUUGUGCCGCCUACAAGGUCGAACUGUGA